AUGGGGUCGCCGCGCCUGCGCACGGUCACUCUGCCCUUUCCCCGUUCGGAGCGCCUUGCUUCGCAGGGGCUCAUUGUCUUGACUCGCCGGAGCUGUCCUCUCUUCUCUAGCCCUCUGCGUGCUCCACAGACUUCGGUGCGUGCGUGGAGGCUGCCGGCCUGGUCGCGACGGCCGUCUCCUUUUGUUGGCGUCUUGACUGCCGCCCUGUGUCUCGUCUGCGCCGACGUGCUUGCGCUGACCCUUACUCCGCUAGGCGGCUCGCGAGUGCAGCCUGCCUUGCUGCGGCAGAGAGACAGCGCGAGUCGAGCCCGUCUCAGCUCACCGGCUGCCCCGAGCGUACCUCCUCCGCUGCCGUCUGCUUCGUUUCCUCGUGCAGCUGCGCCUCGCUCUGCCGGCUCAACACGGCCGUACGCAAGCUCGCGAGUUCCCCGGGUGCGCCUCUUGGACGGCGGGCGCGGUAUAUUUGGGGGGCAAAGCACGCAGAAGAAGCCCUGUGCCCCUGCGACCGAGUCUUUCUCUCAAAGUGGACGAACUCGCAAGGGUCACCUUGCCGCCGUACUGCCUCCCCGAGCGAGCUCUCCGCAGGGCUCGCCCUCGUCUCGAUGCCUGUCGUCCUCGGGCUCGCCUCGUCCCUCGCUAUCGGGUCGUUGUCCCGCCUUCUUCCUCUCGGCGCCUAGUCGACGCUUUUCAGCGGAGCAGCCGCCAGAGAGAAGAGGACAGAGCGCCGAGCGCGUGCGACGGCACGAAGGAAGCAGAAAGCCUUCCGCUGCCUCCGUCGCUCUCCAUGGCAUCUUAGCGUGCGGAGGCGUGGGAUCUCGGUUCGGCGGCAGCAUCCCGAAACAGUUUGUUCCACUCUUUCGCGGCCAAACAGCGGCUCAGAUCUCCUUCGAAAAGAUCCGAGCCCACCUGACGCGCUGGAUAGCGGCGGCGUCAGGGAAAGAUGAGCAGGCGGACGAGGCAGCAGCCGAGCCUUUGAGAGGUGGGGAAGAGGCUGCUCGCCACGAGGGAGGCGCGAGGUUCCUUGUCGUCGUGGCGGACAGAGAAUGGCACGAUUCAGUUAUGACGACAGCCGCUGGCACACACAGAGAGCGCGUCGAUGCGUCUCGCCCCGCUGGAAGCACCUCUGACGCGGCUAGAACUAGGGCGUCCACGACCGCGGAUGCCCCGGAUCCGGGCGAUAUCUCUUCGCGCUCUUCAGCGGGCAGCAGUGCCGGCUCCACACCGCGGGCGGAGACAGCGACAGGAGACUCAAAGAUACCAGUCGACGUUCUCUUCGCGCCAAUCGGGUCCGAACGCUGGGAGUCGGUGUGGCACGGAGUCAAGUGCCUGGCGUAUGGCUUGUUAGCAACGGAGGUGCUGAACGAAGGCCAACCGGAAUCCGCGCCGGCUUCUGCGGCGACGACAUGCGGAGCACAGACGACGGCAGACGACGAAGGGACCCAGAAACUCACCGGGGGCUCGCCGGAAGCAAUAUCGCGGACAGCCCGCUUCAGACCUUUUUCCAAGAUCUCUAACUAUGUCGCAUCCCACAUACGAUAUGCAUGCACCCAAUUUUUUCCACGCAAAAAAGCAGACACUCUGAACGUGAGAGGGGCGCUUGGGAGGGCGGACGCGCAAGGAGAGACAGCCCUCGAAAGCGCGCGUGCUGCAGCCCAAAUGGCUGCCUUUCAAGCUGAAGAGGCUCAGUCCUUGCUGAGACGUCUCGCCGCGGUGGGAAGAAACGAAGAUCUCGUUAUGAUACACGAUGCCGCGAGGCCGUGCGUCAGGGAGGAGGACCUCGAAGGCGUAAGCGCCGACGCCAUCCGAUCUGGGGCUGCGGUUCUUGCUAUCCCUGCCGUAUCGACCAUCAAACUAGCCGCUGCACCGCGGCAUCCCGCUGACGACUCAAACGGCUUCUUCGUCCAGAGAACUCUUCCACGUCACCUUCUGUGGGAGGCACAGACACCCCAGGUCAUCCGUCUUGAUCUUCUGCUACGCGGCUAUACCGCGUUCUGGAAGCAGUGGGCGGCGGCAAGCUCAAGCGUGCAACAAAAGACACAGAGCUCUGAGUCGACGUGUGAAGGACACCUGCAUUCGAGAACAUGGACAGGACCGCGGCAGACUAUGCCUGCCAUCACAGAUGACGCGAGCUUGCUGGAAUUUCUGUGGAGUGACGAGGGAAAGCCUGACGGCGGUCCGUCUUCCAUGGCCUCUGUUCCCCAGUCUGUGGGAGAGGGCGAAGAUGCCGUAGAGGUGAAAGUGCGGAAAGGUGAUGCAACGAAUAUCAAGAUCACACUGCCAGUGGAUUAUGCCCUGGCACAGUGUAUCCUUAACGGCCGAAGCACGGAAACGCUCGCACAAAGGGAAUAG